AAAUGGGUUGUCGAAGUGAACUUGCCAAUAUAGUCAUGUGAUCAAAAUCAAGGAUGAACGUGUCAGGUUUGACACAAAUGACUCAAUUUGUGUUUUUGGUCCAAAUCCAGGUAUUUCUGUCUUUGUAUUACACACAAAACAUGAGAGUUGGUGGUAGUAGUCGAAGUUGUUUAUGUGACGAAUAAGGAAACCUUUUCUGCGUACCCGCCUACCUGCCCUCACGUUGCCUCAAACGGCUCUGAGAUGCCUUGGCACGUUUUCGGCCGGCCGAAAUACCCAAAGCAGCGGGGUGGCUAAUACCUAAAUUGUGCACGCACAGAUGGCGAGAGAAGAGCUUUAAGGGGUGCGGGGAUUUGCGUUAAAGCCGACAGGACUGAGAGAGCUGUCGCGAGCACCGGACGCUUUUCCAGCCUCGACGAAGGCUGGAAAUGUUCAAACAUAGAAAACGGAGAUUGUCGGGAUAACGAAAGACCAGGAUGGGACAUUCCACCGUGCCGCUCGCAUUUACGUACAAAAGUACCAAGGGGGACAAACACAAGACCAGUUGUCUGCAACCCUACUCCCCAAAUGAGACGUUGAAUAACGCAUUAGGUGCCAUCAGGGUCCUGGGUCUCGAGCGGAUUGAAGAUGAGCUGAAGCCGCACUUGUGCACCGUGCUGGUGAACAUUCGGGAGAGGAAAAAAGGCACCGCCGAGCAGGUCGUGAUCAGUGGGAUCCUUCCGGUUCUGGCACUGUUGCUGAGGUGCAGAGGGCCUCUGGCGCAGCUAACUGCGCAACUAGUGGCCGAACUCGCCAAGGAAUCGAUGAUCCGUAAAGGUUUCGGGGAUGCCGGUCUGGUUACAGCUCUGCUAUCUGUGCUGACUAGUGCAGACCAGGACCUGCUGGAGCAUGCAGUCCAGGCCAUCGCUCGGGUCUCAUAUGACAGCUGUAAGCAUCAGCAGCUGUUACUGCGCAAAGGAGUGGUGCCUCGUCUCGUCGCUGUCCUGUUGCGAUUCCCCGGGAAUGGGGCCUUAGAGGAGGUAUGCCUCCGGGCCUUGUGCAACCUCAGCGGCGUGAGUGUGGCAGAGGAGGCCGGCGUGGUGUGGGAAAGGGGCGCACCAACCCAGCCGGGGCAGUCUACCUUUCGCGGCGUGGCGCCACGCAAGUGCGGCUUGGUGACCUCUGUGACCAUGGUGCGUGUGUGUCGAUGGGCGCCGGCGCAGUACGCCGUCAGCGUGGAGCUCGUGCAGCGUUGCUCCGCUUCUUUCUUAAACCUUCACAGGAGAAAGGGACCCGCUGGAUGUUUUCCCUUCUUGAGCUUUGGAAGACGUUCCAAGAUGCCAUCCAGGAACAGCCCAAGACGCUCCAGUUUGAAGACGCUGGUCUUCCACACCUUCCUCUGAGAGCAACUUGCUAGUUGAGCUCAGGACUUUUGAAUGUUUAGCAAUACUCUGCUCAAAUUUUCUUGGUCAUUUUUACAUAAAGUUGAAUUUUACAACAAUUUUGUGUCACAAAAGGCAGCUAACACAGUACUGAUAUAUUUUUUUUUAAUUGUGAA